CGUUCUCCUUCCUACCUUGCUCUUAAUCACAAGCUCGCAAUCACUCCAUUAUAAUCCUUCCCGUCAUGACGACGUCCCAGGGAUCCAAUGCGUUCCAAUCAUUCGCGCCGCAGAGCAACAACGGGUUCGGAACGAACGCCGAGCUAACAGCGCACCCGCUUCUUCCCAUCGAAGACCCCGCGUGCGCAGCGGCCUCGGCGGCCAUCGGCGGCGUCCCAGACCACGAGGCCUCGGAUGGCGUCUUCAACAAGGAGCGGAGGCUGAAGCGCAAGAUCUCGAACCGCGAGUCGGCGCGGCGUUCCCGGGCGCGGAAGCAGCGGCACCUCGACGACCUCCGCGCCCUGGCCGCGCGCCUGCGGCACGGCAACCGCGAGCUCUCGGCGCGCGCGCGCGCCGCGCGGGGCCGCGUCGCGCUCGUCCGGCUCGCCAACGCCGAGCUCCGCGCCGAGGCCGACGCCCUGGGCCGACGCCUCGAGGCCGCGGCACGCCAGGCUCUCGCGCUCGGGCAGCUCUACGCCGCCGCCCACGGCCACGGGGCGUUCGAGCAGACCAUGGCUUCGCUGAUGGUGUGAGGCGGGCGCGCUUCCUUUACGUGCGUGGCGUUCUCCGGCCGGUGGACGUAUAUAUAUGUACUUCUCUGAUUGGCCCAACGUAACGUGCGGUGAAGACUCUGAAGAUAAAAGGCAUGCGUUGUGUGGGUGUAGGUGUGGGAGCUUCGGUCCUGAAGUUAACCUGCAGGUAAUGGGCCGGGUUUAGACAUAGUCGUGUGGGUACCAAUCAUCGAUUUGAAAGAAUGGGAAAGAAUUACAGGAUUCAUUUGCGACGCAAGUACGUACGACGCGCGCACAAAAAGAAAGAACUAUAUUUGGGAAGUCACCAAACCAAAAUCUAAACCAUGUAGUAUGAUGUAUCCAAAUAUGAGUUAUUCCCCCCACCCCCCUGUUUUCUUUUGCGAA